AUGUCUAACGCUCGAUUUACACUGGGCUCAGAAUUCAGAGCCAUGGAAGUUGACACUGUGCGGUGUGCUGCCGGUCACGGUUCUCAGAUAGGAGAGGAAAAGAAGAAAAAAGAUGACAAGGAAUCAAUAUCCAGGUUAAAAGUGCUUAAAAUUCCAACUGCACUCAUGUUAUCUCUCUGCUUUGUCGUCUGUGGCUUGUCAUUUUCUUACCCUGAACCUAUCUUAGGGCCUCACUUGAUAGAGAACAUGCUUUGUCAACUAGAUGGUUUGAUCAAACAGAAUCCCUUAACGCAGUACCUUGAGGAAUAUUCAAAAAUGGGUCAAAAUCCAACAAAUGUUGGUCUUGCUUUUCUUUGUUGGGCUGCGACUUACACCCUGUUAGCACCAUUGGUCGGAUACAUAGGAGAUAAAACGAAAUGUUAUCGAACGAUGAUGAUAGCAGGUUUUACUGUACUUCUCAUUGGACAUCUGUUGGUGGGACCUGCUCCAUUUCUUACGUUCUUACCAGCUAAGACGAUUUGGCUGCUAAUUCCAGCAAUGUUCCUUUAUGGAAUUUCUGGUGCUCUCGGUUUUGUACCCAUCAUGCCUGAACUCAUUAAAACUUUAAGGGAAGAUGGAAUGCCCGAUGAUUCCUUCACAAACGCGCUUGUGUCAAGUAUUUACAUUUGUAUGUACUAUUUAGGGUCGGUGAUUGGGCCCGUUCUAGCUGGAGUACUAUGUGAUCACUUUGGAUUUGAGUGGUCCAUGACUGUAAGUGCUCUUUCAUCGAUCAUUCAAGGCAUUUGA